GGAGGAGAUAAAUAAAAUAGAUUUACUAAUAUCAACCAAAAUGGAAGAUUUUGACCAAGACAAGAUGCUCAAGGAUUUUGAGAAGGAAAUGAAGAAGAACAAGAAGAAGGGUGGCGAGAAAGAAGUAGCCACACUUGAUGACAGCGACAAAGAGAAACUAUACAAUGCCACUCAUGAUAAAUUGAUGCUUGCCGAUACUGAUGGAGAAAUACAUCAUGUGGAGGAGAUCGAUUACAUUAUUAGGGAUGUCCUCAAGCAUCAGGAUAAAGCUUUUAAACUAGAGAGAGCAAGGGAAGAGACCAAAGAAACCCUAGAGCUAGCAGAAGACGAGGUCAAUGAUACCUUCUCAAAGAGAGACUUUGAUUUUGGAGAUCAUGCAGCACUGAAUUAUCUUAACGAAGAGAAUGUAAAAUAAUCAGAGAGGUGUGUUGCUUUAUCUUGCCAAAAAGAUUGGGGUUAAUCUUCUGACUGGAAAAUCAAUCAUGAAUGUAUCUUUGCCAAUUAAAAUUUUUGAGCCAAAGUCUCACCUUGAGAAGGUAGCCAAUGAUUUUUGAUUUUUGCCAUAUUACCUUGACAAAGCUGUUGCUGAGAAAAACCCUAUUGAGAGGUUAAAAAUACUUGUAAGUUGGUACAUAGUGUCAAUGCAGCUGGAACCGCAGAUGAUGAAGCCAUUUAACCCGAUCCUUGGAGAGACUUUCCAAAGUACCAUUGGUGAAUACGAAUUUGUAUGAGAACAGAUUAGUCAUCACCCACCUAUUUCUGCCUUUCAGAUGUGGAAACAUGGAGCUGUGGGAGAACCUUAUUUGGACGGAAGAUUUGAAUUCGAGGCUCAGACUGGGUUCUCAACAAUCACUGGAAUCAAAAUGGGGUAUAUUGCCAUCCAUUUCCCAGAUAUGGACAACACUAUUAGGUUCACUGAGUUCCCUAUAGGCGAGAUCCACGGUCUAAUGAAAGGUACUAGAACCUAUGAUUACACUAAAACUUUAAAAGCAGAGGAUGAGACCAACGGUCUCUAUGCAGAAUGUGUGUUCAACCCGGACAAGAAGGGAUGGUUCAAGAGGAUGUUCGGGUCCUCUCAGAAGACCAACCAUGACUACUUUGAUGGUGUGGUCACAGACUCAAAGGAUUUCAGCUACAAAUCUAAUAGGGAUGAGGUAGAAAAAAUGAAGAAAAAGCAUAAAAUAGAAGUGUUUGCUAGAUUUGAAGGUAACUGGACUAAUUCUUUAUGCGUUGAUGAUGUUCAAGUGUGGAACUAUCACUCAUUAAGGCCUUACAAGCUGAACUAUAUUAACAAUCCUCUACCAUCCGAUGGUAGGUUUAGAACAGAUCUUAUCGCUUUGUUGAAUCAUGAUUUUUCUAAGGCUCAAGAGCAAAAAGAUGAAUUAGAGAACAUCCAGAGAAAUGAUAGGAAGUUGAGAAAACAAGCUAACAAGUAGAAAUUUUUGGGAAUUAAUACGUAUUCAAAUCUG